UGGGCACUGGGCAGUAACCUUGCCUGUUUAGCCGAUAGUCCUGGUUUCGAAUCCGGGUAGGGGUAAAUGUGUGAUGAGCCAUGAUAUCCUUCUGAGUCACAUGUGUACAUUAUUUGCUAUUUCUAUCUAAUUAUAUUCGUCUCAUUACAGGUUAAUGAUGCGAGGACACGUAUCGCGGACGAAAUUCUGGUGCCAGUAGCCGAAUUAAAAAAGAAAAAAGAUACUUUGCUAGCGGCUUUUCGCCUCAACCAUAAAAAGGUGGUCGCAUCCAAGAAAUCUGGUGCUGGAGAUGACGACGUCCAUAAACCAAUAUGGAUAUUUUAUGAUGCAAUAGCAUCAUUUAUGACAGAUGUGUAUGAAUGUAAGGCGAUACUUACUACGGACAGUGCUGAUGUAACAGAAGAUGCUGAUGAACUUCCGGCCGUGCAGCUAACACCAACGCCGCAAGAACCAAAAAAAAUACCUGUCCCAGUUCAAAAGCGGCGUAUGAUCAAUCCACCGGAACUGGCAGAGACAAGUGCACAUAUGAAAACUGCACUGUACACUCUGAACGAUGCGCUAACAGCGAAAAAUAGAGUCGAAAAAGUGGCUGACGACGACUGUGACCUGUACGGCAAACUACUUGCAAAAACGUUGCGUCAGUUUAACGAAAUUGAUAGGCUGGAAAUCCGCCAUGAAAUAGAUGGGCUUAUUUAAAAAAAAACGUUCUUUAAACAAACGUCGCUACGUAUCUUCGCCGUCACAAAUCGUUAUAAGUACAAAUCGCCCUCCACCAUCUCAUAUCAGUAAUAGUAAUUGUUCCGAUUAUACGAGUACAGAUGAUUAUCCAGCAUCGCCGUAUUCUAACGUUUAUGCAGUAGCUUCGCCUCCUGACUUCACGGAAAUUCAAGAAAACUUGCCUCCGCAGAUGAUAGAAAUUCAGCCUGUGAACACUCAAAAUGAUCGUUAUGCAGUAUUUUCACCUCCUGGUCAGGAGGAUAUCUUAUCCAAAGCUUGUUCAAAUGCAAACAUGUUUUAAAUUUGAAAUAGUCCAUGGUAAUUUUGUUACUUUUUUUUGUUUUCAUAUCAACGUAAGUAAUUAAUAGUAUACAAGGUGAUUUUGUAUUCACUCGCCAAACUUUGCAAAGUGACUUAAGGACAUAAGAUAAACAGCAACUUUUAUGUGACCUCAAAAGUCACUCUUCAAAGUUUGGCUAGCGAAUACAAAAUCACCCUGUAUUGUGCAACGUGAGGAGGAAGUUAAAUACUCGAUUUUGCAAUAUUCUUACUCCCCGAGGUUCACACACACUGUUUUUCAUCACACUUGCAAUGUAAAAAAUAUGUAAAAGUAUAAAAAUAAGUUCAAUACUAGUAGUAUAAAUUUAAUAACUUCAUAACUAACAAAUAACUCCCUUGGCAGAACGGUUUUUCUAUAACUCCCGCUCCGCCCACGUGCAAUUACACAUUUACUGCGCGAGUGUCAUGACUUGCAAUACAGGUCGCAGUCGUUGUCAUCAGCCUCUUUCUCCACUAUUACGAUAAAAUUAAACAAGAUUUGAAUUAGCAGAGCGAAAGUCUCGAGUU